GGGACGCGCACUUGGGAACGGACUGUCUCAGAUUGGGGGCUUAUGCACGCUGGCCUGGGAGACAUCGCCUGCUUUCUUAUCGCCGUAUGAGAGGGAUACUUCACCUGUUCACACCGCCUUGAGUUGUUCGCUUUCCGUUAGCACUUCCGAGUACCCCGCCAAACAACAUCUCGAAACAUUCACGCGUACCUGACUGGACCGUUCUUCCCUGUUCAGUCACUCUCCAUAUCCUCAACACCACACACCAUGGCGGACGAAGAGGGUGCCUCUCCCCGCGAACUUGUGCUCGAAGCGUGCCGACGCAACAACACCGAGCUACUCGAGGAAACACUAAAAGACCUUGCUGCUGCUGCCUCAAAGUCAGGAAAGAAGCCCGAGGACCAUGUGGCCGACAUACUGAACAACACACGCGACGGCGUGGGCAACGGCUGUCUUCACGUUGCUGCAACAUACGGAAGCUUCGAGGUUAUCGACAUGCUCCUCGACCAAGAGGGUCUCGAGAUUGACGAAAUCGACCGCAUGGAGCAAGAUACCCCCCUUCACAAAGCCGUACGCUACGUCAACUCGCUCGAAAAGUCAGUCUGGCCCCAUGGCCACUCCAUCGUCGCGAUGCUGCUAGAUGCGGGAUGCGAUCCAAGAAUAAGGAACAAGGCGAAGCUCAAGCCCAUUGAGCUGGCGGAUCCAAGGAACACAGAGCUGAGGAGCAUGCUACAGAAGGGAGAAGUUUCGAUGCUAAUGAGCGGCGACGUGGUAGAAGACGACGAUGAUGGACCAACAGGAAGUGCUAGUGAUAGCGAUUGAGGCGUCACAAAAGGCAGAGCAUGAGUUGGAAAAGACUUUUGGACGCCGGUUGCGGUGGUGACUGGGCUAUCGUCAUAGAGGCAGAGGUGUGUCUACACCUCACCACCGGCACUCAGCGUGCGCUACGCUACUGAACAAGUUCAUAGUAUUGGCUUUGACAGCCAUAGACAAGCAGCAUGUACCCAUCUGUUCCUCGCUGCCCACGAGCCGGCCUCGCGCAUGUCUGUGCCAUCUGGAUGGAGAGCGACUGUUGCUUUGGAUUCUCGUUUCUGCAUGUCGUUGUAAUCAACCCUAUUGUUUGGAUCCGAAG